AUGUGGAGUUGCUAUUGAUGUUCCCAGAGGGUUUUAUUUUGGAUCACAGGAUUUGUGCGCCUGGUUGGAGGGGAUGGACCCUGCUCAGGGAAAGUAGAAGUGCAUUCUGGAAUAGACUGGAAUUUAGUAUCUGGUGGGAACUUUACAUUCCUCACUGCCCAGGUCAUCUGUGCAGAACUGGGGUGUGGCAAAGCUGUGUCUGUUCUGGUGGAUGUGCCCUUUAGAGAGUCAGAUGCACGGGUCUGGGCUGAAGAGUUCUGGUGUGAGGGGCAGGAGCCUGAGCUCAGGAUCUGCCCCAGAGUGCCCUGUUCAGGAGACACUUGCCAGCACAAUGGGGCUGCUCAAGUUAUCUGUUCAGCAUACACAGAGGUGCGGCUCAUAAAAAAGGGCACUUCUCAGUGUGAGGGACAAGUGGAAAUGAAUAUUUCUGGAAAAUGGAGAACGCUCUGUGCCUCCCACUGGAAUAUGGCCAAUGCCAAUGUUGUCUGUCGUCAGCUUGGCUGUGGAGUUGCCGUCUCGACCCCAAAAGGAGCAUAUUUUGUGGAAAGGGAUGAUCAGAUCUGGAAAGCCCAAUUUCACUGCUCAGGGGCUGAGUCCUUCUUGUGGAAUUGCCCUAUGACUGCCUUGGGCAUUCCUGAGUGUAUCCAUGGAAACACAGCCUCUGUGAUCUGCUCAGGGAAGCAGACCCAGGUGCUGCCCGAGUGUGACUCUGUGUCUGAACCGGCAGGCUCUGAAGCCUCAGAGGAGAGCACCGCCAGCUGCUCAGACAGUGGACAGCUCCGCCUGGUGGACGGGGGCCAUCCCUGUGCCGGCCGAGUGGAGAUCCUUCACCAGGGCUCCUGGGGCACCAUCUGUGAUGACAGCUGGGACCUGAAUGAUGCCCAGGUGGUGUGCAGACAGCUGGGCUGUGGAGAAGCCCUCAAGGCCACGGUCUCUGCUCACUUUGGGGAGGGAUCAGGCCAGAUCUGGCUGGAUGGUGUGAACUGCACAGGAAAGGAGUCCCACGUGUGGAAGUGCCCUUCCCGUGGCUGGGGACAGCACGACUGCCGGCACAAGGAGGACGCAGGGGUCAUCUGCUCAGAGUUCCAGGCCCUCAGGAUGGUGAGCGAGGACCAGGAGUGUGCUGGGUGGCUGGAAGUUUUCUACAACAGGACCUGGGGCAGUGUCUGCCACAGCCCCAUGGAAGCCAUGACCUUGUCCAUGAUCUGCAGACACCUUGGCUGUGGGGACAGUGGGACCCUUGAAUCUUCUGUUGAUUUUAGGGAAGGUUCUAGACCCCGGUGGGUGGAUGGAAUCCGGUGUCGGAAAACUGAUAUGUCUCUCUGGCAAUGUCCUUCUGACCCUUGGAAAUACAGUUCAUGCAGUCCAAGAGAUGAAGCUUAUAUCACGUGUGCAGGAAGGAGACCCAAGAGCUGUCCCACUGCUGCCCCCUGCACAGACAAAGACAAGCUCCGACUCAGGGAUGGAGACACCCAGUGCUCAGGGAGAGUGGAGGUUUGGCACAGUGGCUCCUGGGGCACAGUGUGUGAUGACUCCUGGAGCCUGGCAGAGGCCGAGGUGGUGUGUCAGCAGCUGGGCUGUGGCUCUGCCCUGGAAGCCCUGCAGGAGGCAGCGUUUGGCCCAGGAAGUGGACGCAUCUGGCUGGAUGAGGUGCAGUGCAGGGGCAGGGAGUCCUCCCUGUGGGCCUGUGCUGCGGAGCCCUGGGGGCAGAGCAACUGCAAGCAUGAGGAGGAUGCUGGAGUGAGGUGCUCUGGUGAAAGAACAACAUUUCCCACCUCUACAGCAGGGACCAGAUCUGGCCCAAGUCCUGUCCCUGGCAUCUUCUCUGUCCCUGGGAUCCUUUGCCUCAUCUUGGGGGCCCUUCUCUUCCUGGUCCUCAUCAUCCUGGUGAUUCAACUGCACAGAUGGAGAGUGGGGCACAGAGCCUUACCCAGUUUCGAAGAUGCUGUUGAAGAGGCCACAUAUGAGGAGAUUGAUUAUCAUGUAACACUGAAGAAAGAUGCUCUACUGAGCAGCCCAGAACCCCCAGCUCAGAGGACUGAUGCUUUUAGAGAGGUUUACGAUGAUGCUGAAGAGGUACUGGCGCCCAAGACUCUUUCUGCCUCUCAGAUGAGUGGGUGGGAAGUGCCUCCAGAGGAGAAUGGGGUGAGACAGGUUUUUCAGACAGGCUCCUCUCUGCACUUCCCUGGAGGAGCAGCUCAUCCUGGGAAAGAAGAUAGUCCCUGGCUGCUCCAGGGGGACCAACAGGACCCUGAGUAUGAUGCUGCUGAAUUAAAUCCCCCUAGAACACCUACAGUGACUUUCCAUGCUGUUGUAUUAAAAAAGAGAUGAGACCUCAGAUGUUCUA